GUCACAGGAAGUGCAUCAGGACGACCUUCAUUUGUCGCAAAUUACGUAUCACGAGUGGAAGCAGCAUGGCGAAUAAGGACCCAGGCGGUUUACUUCAGCAGCUGCGGCAAAUUGUAGGCCGGAUGUCCGCCGGUGGUGGUCCCAAAGGAGCGGGUCUUGGGGUCAAACUGCUCAUAGGAGCUGGUGCUUUGGCUUAUGGUGUCAAAGAGGCCACAUACACAGUGGAGGGAGGUCAAAGAGCCAUCGUCUUCAACCGCAUUGGAGGGAUGCAGAUGGACACGGUGCUGUCAGAAGGCCUCCACUUCAGGAUCCCUUGGUUUCAGUACCCCAUUAUCUAUGACAUCAGAGCAAGGCCCAGGAAGAUUUCCUCUCUGACUGGAAGCAAAGAUCUGCAGAUGGUGAGCAUCUCUCUGCGUGUGCUGUCGCGGCCGCUGGCCUCCAACUUACCCACGCUGUACCAGCACCUGGGGAAGGAUUAUGAUGAGCGGGUGCUGCCGUCCAUCGUCAACGAGGUGCUGAAGAGCGUGGUGGCCAAGUUCAACGCCUCCCAACUCAUCACACAGAGAUCUCAGGUUUCUCUCCUCAUUCGCCGAGAGCUUUUUGAGCGGGCCAAGGACUUCAACAUCAUCCUGGACGAUGUGGCCAUCACAGAGCUGAGCUUCAGCAAAGAAUACACAGCAGCCGUAGAGGCCAAGCAAGUUGCCCAACAGGAAGCCCAGAGGGCUCAGUUCUACGUAGAGAAGGCCAAGCAAGACCAGAGGCAGAAGAUCAUCCAGGCUGAAGGAGAGGCAGAGGCUGCUAAAAUGCUGGGCGAGGCUGUCACCAAGAACCCGGGUUACCUGAAACUGAGGAGGAUCCGUGCUGCACAGAACAUCGCCAAAACGGUGGCUGCAUCACAGAACAGGGUGUACUUGAACGCUGACAGCCUGGUGUUGAACCUCCAAGAUGAAGGUUUUAACAAUUUGAGAUUGGGCAAAUGAAGGGACACCUUGUGCUUCACGAAGAGCUAAAGCAUUCCGUAUGUUCGCUGUGUCUGACUGCCAUCUCAGCUCCUGACCCGACCUCCCCGAUUUUUAAUUCCCCACCCUGGAAACAUGUCCUCCUAUCUGCAGUGCCUGCCUGCCUGGCUGUCCCUGAGUGAGUGUCCUUGGGCUCUGGGAACACAGACAGACUUUAGUUGGGUGGCCUUAGCAACAGAGCAGGGGUGCAUUUCUGGAAAGCGUAGUUGUUAGCCAGUUAGCAACUUCGGUAGUUGCCAAUGGGAAAUUGCAUUGCAACCAACAAAGAUGGCAACUAUGUUUUCUAGAAAUGCACCCCUGGACAACAUUUCUCGAAACCAUAGCUGCUAGCUGUGUUAGCUACUUUGUUGUUUUCUAUGCAGUUUCCCAUUGGCAACUACCCAAGUUGCUAACUGGCUAACAACUACGCUUUCCAGAAAUGCAGCCCUGGGUGCUAUUCUUUCAUCCUCCCUCUUUUGACCCUCCUCUCAGAAAGCCCUAUCCUUCAGGGUCAGCCUAUUUUGUUGACAACCACCAGCAGCAUCUGUGCUCUCACAGCUAGUUGAAGGUCAAAGUUUUGUUCUGUUGGAUACUUCAUGAAACAGUGUCACAUGGAACAAUUAUGGUGUUAUUUAUAAUGUAUUCAUUUAUAUCAAUGAAGGUGUUGUUAACUCUAAAUCCGGUAAAGCAGUAAAUAGGUAUGUUGAUCUGUUUAAGUCCAGUUCAUCAGAGUACUGAAAAAAGGUGAACACCCAGCCAAAGGCCUCAGGACCGCAUGGGUUUGUGUUUACACUUUGGCCGUAUGUUCGCUUAACCCAUGUUGGUGUUAAGCAUUUGUCAUGGGGACUAGGGACAGGAAGACAUUUAAACCCACAAAAAAUAGCAUUGAUUAUUAUAUUAUGAUGUACUAUUAUUGUUGUUGUUUGUAUUUUGAGUGGAUGAGUGGGUUUCCUCAGCAGUUGUUCGGGGGUUUUGGGGAGCAAUUUUGUGGGUUUUGUCUGAAAUGUAGUUGUAAGGGGAUCAAUUUAAAGAAACGAAACAAAAAAUGAAGCAAAAAAAAACCCAAUAAAAGAUAUAUUGUAUUCCAUA